AUGGAUUCGGAGAAAAGAAUGACGACGGUCAGUGUAUCCUUGAUUUCUCAGAAGAUCAUAACCUGGCAAUUGCGAAAACAUGGUUCAAAAAGCGUGACACAUCUAAUCACGUAUUGCAGCGGCACUAACGCCACUCAGAUCGACUGCAUCCUCGUGAGACGCCGUGAUCUCAAAGAUGUGGUUGAUGCAAAAGUCAUUCCCUACGCGACACAACACCGUCAAUUGAUCUGUAAGCUGCGAAUCAAGUUGCCAUCAAACAAGCACGUAGAUCACACUGGGCCUGCAAGAUCAAACUGUGGAAAUUCAAGGUUACAGAAGCUGGCAUCAUAUCCCAAAUUACUUUGCCACCAAAUUACCACAAAUGACGAAAGCUGGAAGAAACUGAAAGAGUCUGCCCACGAAGCUGCGCAUGCAAUUCUUGGGACAACAAAACCAGGACGACGGAGGAUCGAUAGAGAUACGUGGCUUUGGAAUGACACCGUCAAAGACGCGGUACACACAAAGAAACGCUUUUAUCAUGCGUUUCUUGCCGAUAAAACACCAGAGCAAUGGAAUGCGUACAGAAUAGCCCGAAAAGAUGCAAAACAGGCUAUAGCAGCGACUAAAUCCUCACGUUAUGCUGAUCUAUACGCAAAACGUGACACACGUGAAGGAGAGCGGGAUUUAUAUCGACUCCCUAAAGCAAGACAUCGCAAUUCAGAUGUCCAUCGGUUCUACGGAGUCAAUGAUUAG